UGCACUUGCCAACAUGGCUGACUGGGAAGAAGUGAAACGUCUGGCAGCUGAUUUUCAGCGUGUCCAGCUUAGUACGACAAAACAAAAAUUGUCUGAGAGGAACAUUGUAGAGCUGGUGACAAAGCUGAUUGAGCUGAAACUGAUCGACGUGAUCUACACAACAGAUGGCAAGGAGUAUCUCACCCACCAGGAGCUGGCGAAGGAGAUCCGAGACGAACUCUAUGUUCAUGGAGGUCGUAUCAACUUGGUUGAACUGCAGCAGAUUCUCAAUGUUGAUCUCAACCACAUCCAGGCCAAGGUGAACACCAUCGUCGGCCAUGACAGGAAGAUCAGCCUUGUGCUGGGACAGCUUAUUGAUGUCACCUACAAAGACCGCCUGGCUGAGGAGGUGAACGACAAACUUACCGAACAAGGUCAAGUGACCAUCGCAGAACUGACCAAGACAUACGACCUGCCAGCGGACUUUCUCACUGAGGUAAUUCGUGAAAGACUUGGGUCUAUCAUCAAAGGUCAACUCGACAGCUACGACCGUGACGUCAUCUUCACCCAUGCAUUUGUGACGAGGAUGAAGGCGAGAAUCCGAGGCUCACUCAGUGCCGUCACAAAGCCGACGCCCGUGCUGUCCGUCAUGACUCAGCAUGCCUGCAAGGAGAGACUCUUCCACACCAUUUUAGAAAAACUGAUCAAGAUGGGACGUCUAGCGGGUUCCGUAUCGGGAGGAAGGAACGAGAAGGCAACGUACAUUCCAGAUAUCUAUACACAGUCUCAAAACGAGUGGGUUGAUGCGUUCUACAAGCAGAAUGGAUAUCUAGAGUAUGACUCGCUGUCAAGACUGGGGAUAUCGGACGUGAAGAGCUUUAUCAAGAAGCGUUUCAAGGAUGAGCCAAUCACUUACUUGAAGACCUGUUGCGCUGGGAAAGGAAUUCAGGACCAGAUUGAGGCUACAGCCGAAGAAGCCCUCUCUACAGGAGGAUGGGUGGACAUUAUGACUGUGAUGCCGUCCAUAUUCAGCGUCAAGGAUGCAGGACAACUGCUGGCCAAUUAUCUCCGAGGCCGUCAGGGCGUGAUCGUGUGCUGUGACAGCAUUGUGGCAAGCGAGUCUCUCAUAUCUGAAUGUAGCAAGCCAUUUUCAGCACUCAUGACAUCAAAAGCGAGAAAGGAGGCCAAGUCCAACCCAGUGUUCCUGAAUCCCGAGGGAGACAAGAAGGGGAGUAAGAUUGCGGGUCUGGACGAUGGCAGCUCGGCUCGUGAAGACAAACGUGACCAAAGAAGAAAAAAGGCAGCCUCCAGCACAAAGACUGGAGGGGGAACUCAGGGUCGGGAGGCAAAGAUGAAAGCAACAAAGAAAAAGUAUCGAACAGGUCGUGGCGAUCAGGACGACGAUUCCGAUGAUGACACCGCUCAGUCCAAUACACGCACAAAACCUGGGGAGGUGACAUUUAUGGCCAUCGAUCAAAUAUCAGAUGUCAUACGUAAACAGGAAAAGCUCCAGGACUGUCCAGAAGACCUGAUCAGUGAAAUAGCCGGCAAGCUGUACAGACCCCUGACUCGACAGUUCCAGGAAGUGGCGAAGUCUAUAUUCCUGGAAACGUCUGGCACUGCGACAGGCUCGGACAGAAAGAAGACCCAUGGAGAAUUGCAAGAGAAAGUAUCAGGGCUGUGGACCAACGCUAAGCUGUUUGAGAAGGGGCUAAAACAUUUUCAUGGCGAUGCCAACACACAGCUUGUCAAGUAUCUGCUGAACACCGUGUGUACCGACAUCACCAAUACCGUGUUGAAUGCAGUCGCUACCGACAGCCUCAUGUCAGUCCUGGACGAUGAGGGCCUAACAGCAGAGGCCAGGCUGAAGAUAAUCAGCAGUCUCCCUGCAGCGGAACAGACGAUGAUGACCAAGUUGCAUAUGUCCGUCACAGGAAAGAACUUGGAUGACUUCUUCAACUACCUGGAUGUUGUGUGUGGAUCAGCACACCUGGGAUUGCUGCUGAAGAAACCAGACAAGAGGAAGGAGAGACAAAUUGUGUUCAAUCAUCGUCAGUCUCUGGUGGAGAGCGUGAAGGACGAGAGCGACCCAGCCAUGUCGCUCCACCUCGCCGCAGUCAUACUUUUCCAGACAUACACCCAGAUGAUGGUCCAUGCACCGGGACGUGUUGUGCCGCAGAUCAUCGAGUACCUCGAAGUCUACAUGGACAAGGAGCAACACAAGACACUAGUCACUCUUCAAGAACUUGUGGUGAGACAGGCCAAACUCCAGGCCGAUGCUGCUGCUGCAGACGCUGAUGCUGUUGCUGCUGUCAUGGAGGAGAUCAAGCCACUCUUGCCCCAGGUGAAGGAAAUAGCCCUCACAGCCAAAAGAAAUUCACCCAAAGAAGAGGAAGACAAAUAAUUCCGGUGAUGUGUGACUCUGGAGCACCUACAGCUAUGAGUGGUUGUACAGACAUGUCUCAAUGAAGUUGCAUCACCACGAAGGGAAUUCAUUCGUCGAGUCUGUGGACAGUUUAUGUUUCAGAAAUGAAGGUUGAUGUACCGUCAUUUUCAGUGAGACCCUGUUAUCCAGUUACCAUGGUAACAAGGCAUAUUAGUUGGAAAACAUUUUCUGUUCAUUCAGUGACAAUAAAUUGAUCUAUAAAUACAUCCUGCACAAACACCAUUAAAAUCAAUAAUAAGGUGUGUAUGCCUGGUGAUUGUCAAGAAAAUUACUCUCAUCUAAUUUGUGUCUCGAUUUGAUUGUUCAGCUAUCCAUGGUAUACAAUAGUCUGAGAUUGUCAGGAACCAGAUUUCAGGUAUCCUGAUCAGUGAGGACCAUGAAGGAUCCAGAAUAAGGGAGCAGUUCAACUGGUGGCAGAUAAAAUCUCAAUUCCUGAAGUUUAGGGAUUGGGUUAACAGUUUUUCCAUCUAUCAAAGUAAACAUCUCAGUGCUUCUGACCAAUCUCAUUAAAAUCAGACCUCAGUUCGCGCUACCGCUAAACAAAGAUCUGAGGACAUCCCAUCAGGGGGCACAUCAGAACGACCUUUCAUCCAACCAAUCAGAGCGUUGCUUACCAGAUCAUGAAAGUGACAGUGGGAAUGUGAUUUCUAAUCAUGCAAACUCGAAAUUUAACACUGGGUAUUCCGAACGAUAGUUACGGGUUUAACGACUGAAUCCAUACAAUCUGGACUAUCUAUUAACCAUUCACAAUGUUCUUUUGUUCAGGUUUAAAAUUUUAAAUCGAGAAUUUGUCAAAAUAUGUUUCAAAGCGUAGUCGCCAAUUUGAAAUUAGUGCCGUAAAGCACGAGAAAGCUGUCUUCUGAUUGGUCAUUCCAUUGGUUGGUCAAAGUUCGCUCAAGGUCGGUCUGACAUGACCCGUAAUGGGAUGUUCUCAGAUCUUUGUUUAGCGGUAGAGAGAACUAAGAUCUGGUUUUAAUGAGAUUGUGCUUCUGUCAUAUUUAACAAUUUAAUGGCGAUACUGUCGUAGUUAAACAAUGUUAAGGCAUCGGAGUUACGAUCACCUUAGCACUAAGAUCGCUUCGUACAACAGCACCCAGGGCUUUUUUCUCUUUCAGCGUGUCAACAUUUGUGUGUGCAUGCAUGUGCAUGCAUGUGCGUGAGUCAGUGAGUGAGAGUGAUGCUGUGUCUCAAAAGUUCAGGAAUUAAGUGUUUCAUCUGACAUCACACUUUUCAACUGCUUCCUUAGAAUAUUAUAUCUUGAACUUGAGGGCUGCGUGUCUCUCAGUAUUCUGUAACCACGGUAAAAAUGGCCGCCUUAAUGGGCCCUGUGUUGUGGGAGGUCCAGUCAAGAUUAUUCCUGUGUUAUGUUUAAGAUUUGGUGGUUGGUUAAGUAUCUGCCAAGUGGCAUUAUUUUAUUUUUUGUACAGACGAUCCUGCUUAUCAAGUACAUGAAAUGUAUGUAAUAAAUAUUGUCAAAUAAUAAAACUUAAACAAUU